AUGAUGGUCGGGGGGUGGUUCGGCUGCUUCAUCACCCGCGAAGGGCUCGAGGAGCUCCGCCGCUACGAGUACAAAGGCGCAGGCAGCACGCCAAUUGACCGACUGUUGAAUCCAUGGUGGGAAUACGUCGCCAGCAAGCUUCCCCUAUGGCUCAGCCCAAACGUGUUGACGCUGCUUGGCUUCCUCUGCACGGUGAUGUGCAUGAGCCUCGUCGCCGUCUGGAUGCCUCACCUGGAAGAACCCGCGCCGCGCUGGAUUUACUUGCUCAUCUGCGUGCUUCUCUUCUUCUACCAGACUCUUGACGCGAUCGACGGCAAGCAGGCGAGGCGAACGAACUCGUCAAGUCCCCUGGGACAGCUUUUUGACCACGGCUGCGACUCCUUCAGCACGGUCUUCGCAGUGUUCAUCAACGCGGCGAUGGCGCGCAUGGGCGUCUGCCUCUUCUCCUAUCUCCUCCUCGCGAUUCUGCAGAUGCAAAUGUUCAUCUACUCGUGGUGGGAGAUUCAUUUCCACGUCUACCGCUGCCACACCGGCGUCACGGGCGUUACGGAGGGACAACUCGUCACGAUGGGCGUGAGCCUCCUGGGCGCAAUCUUUGGGUCCGACAUUUUCCUCUUGACCUUUGGCCAGUGCUUGGAGACCGCCUUCGGAAAAGCCACGGCUUUCGUCCCCAGCGUCCUUCUUGACACUCCCAUGCAGUACAUCAUCUCCACUCCGUUCUACCUCCUGCUCAUUUACAUGCUGCUGUCUGACGUGUUCAACGGCUGCCGCCUCGUGCAUAACAAGAAACAAGCCAUUCCGCAACUGGUUGGAUGCUUCUCCCACGUGCUUUUUCAAUUCGCCUUCUUUUGCUCCGGCCUGAUGCAGACGCACCCCGCAGUCUGCUACUGCUUGAUUGUCAUUAACUCCUCCAUCGUCGUGCUCAGAAUGAACAUUUCCGCGACCUGCAGGCUCCGCUUCUACCCGAUUCAGUGGCCUGCGGUGCCGUUCUACCUGACGAGUGUCUACUUUUACCUGGCGUGCCCGAACGUGUCCUCUCCGCUCGCGGCGCUGCUCUCUUCGCCGCUCUCGGAGACGCAGCGGGAUCAACAGGCGCAGGUGAUUCCCUGGGUGCUGCUCGCGCUGAGUUUGUGGAGUUUCUCCUACCUCUUUGAUUUCCUGCUCUCAACCAUCACCGCGAUCUGCAGCCACCUCGACAUCACCUGCUUCUACAUUCGACGCAAGACCCAUCCGGCUGCUUGCGACGUCGGCAGCAGCCAGGCGGUGCUGCGUGAGAGCCAGAUUCAGACGCGCAGGCGCGCCGCUGCGCAGGCCGCCGAGAGCAAGAAGGCCUAG